AUGUCGGGUUGGAGGUUUCAGUAUUCUCACCCGUUCAACCUAGACUCCGUGUUCUCUCGCUCGGGUUCGGUUUUCAACCAAGCCCAGAGAUCACCAUCGUACGAACAGGACUACGGCAGGGGGUUAUCGUCGGGUGAGUUCUCGCCGGACCACCACCGACAACAACACCAUGGCAGUAUGUCUAGUCUGUCGUCCGGUUUGUGGAGAUCGCCGUCAGUGACAUCCGUCAGCAGUCAGUCCGACAGUGACGAUACGCACUGGGAAAUCAUGUUGGAUAUUAGUCGAUUUGAACAUAGCGAAAUCGUCGUGAAGGGGAUCGAGAAUCGAGUGAUUGUGAGCGCAAAGCACGAAGACAAUGAAAAUGGAUAUAAUUUUGUAUCUCGCGAGUUUAGUCGACAGUACCAACUACCGUCUAACGUAGACCCAGAGACUGUAACUUCCACGCUCUCGCACGAUGGCAUACUGACAAUCCGGGCACCCAAAAUGCAGAGACCUCCGGCUAAAGAGCGAAUUAUUCCGGUUGAACUAUUGAAACCACCUGCAAAUCUUACGGAGAACAGUCUUAAUGGAGGCUGUCACUCGGUUGACUCCGAUUUAGGAGACAUAGAAGAAAGAAGUUCAGAGUCCGAUCUCUUUGAGUCGGAACAACAUUUAGAGGCUGAACAGAAAAUUGACGACAGUGAUACAAACAUGGCAGAUACUGGAAACACUUCGUCAUGAGUACCGUCACGAUAUAUAGCAUAUACACAUCGGGAAUUUAAGUUAUAAAGUAUUAAUAGAAUUUCGUCAUGACAGAAACUGUGAGUUUAAAUACGGUCAUUAUCAUGUUCGUUUUGUUUUGGCAACAUCUAGCAUUUCUUACAGCGUCAUUGAAAGCAUUGUGUGCGGUAAUGUGCCCUACAACCGUUUCCGGCGAUACAUAAUCGUGAAGUUCACACUGUCUUUUAUUGUAAAUCGCGGCCCAAAUUUACAGGAUUAUCACUACGCACAAUUGACCAACUCAAGUGUUUUAAAUCGCAGACCGUACACUUGACAUUCACGUACACACGACCGUAUACACAGUGUUAGAAAAACUAAACGGGAAGUUUAAAAGGCGUACGUGAGGUUGACAAGUGCUUCGACACGUCUGCCGUUAACCGUAAACCGAUCACAAUGAGAACUGAUAUAUCAUGACAACAAUCAGCAAAUUGAAAAGCAGUUUGCAGAGUAAAUAAUAAUAUAUCACCACCGAGCUCAAUGAACUUCUAAACGGGAGCGAAAUACUUUAUUUACGGUUUCAGGGAUUUUAUUUCAAUGUUUAACCAAUCAAAAAGUGUUAAUUUUUGUUUUGUAUUUGGAUUUCGAGGUUUACCGUCGAUAGCAUAACAGUGUGUUUGAUUAUUGUGUAGUGUAUCACGUAUGUCAAUAUGCCCGCAUACAUAGACUGAAAAAGACACCCAUUUAUUGCUCACGGAGGAUACGUAUACACGCUUUCAGAAAACCACUCCUCACGGAUGACCUUCAACACAAUGGCGGUGUUUAAUAUUACUUUCCUUUUUCACCUGGCGUUAAAUGCGAAUCCAGUUUGCGCUGCGUUCUAAAUACUAUUAGUAUUUAACUCCGAAACAGCUAUGAUCCUUUCCCCCAAAUUCAAACUUUUUUCGUAAUAUAUUCCAUGGCGAAAUUAAACGUUACGACUCGUAUUGUGACCCUGAUGAGCCAUUGCAAUUAAUUAAAAGUUCUUCCAAUAGUGAUAGUGGUUUCUAUAAUACAAUAGAACUGAAAGAAGUCAUUGUACAAAAUGUGCGUGUUAUUUACGGUGGGGUCCAACGCCUAGGCUAUAGCAAAGGUUACGCAUUUGUGUGGCUUUUAUAAGCCGCUACUGAAGUAUAUAAACUUGCCCUUCAUAUGUAGCCAUUUGAGGUUGCCCCAAAAAAUUUAACAUUCCACCGAUGUGUCUUCUCACCGGUGAGCAUGAGCUUGAUAAUACGCACGAUUGUAGCCCCUCCAUUAGUAUAUAGCAAGACAAUGGAUGAAUAUGUAUAAUAUCCAACCUACUUGUGUGUAGUACAUAUUUACGCCACGUGAAAACAAUAAAGUACGUAUUUUUCGCGUAUCAAGUACUGAAUACGUAACCCAGGAGACCACAACGCUUCACGACAACAAAGUGAUACACUAGAGUAUGUAUCUUUUUUUUCGGUGAUACGCAAGGAUAGUUUCAAUUAAAGCCACGACAUCUUGAAAAGUAUACCAGCAACAUACCAUACGCCCCGUGUUGUCAACGGAAUAGUUACCGUAAAUUCCGGCAUUGUUUAGUAUAUUGGGGUUGGUAUACAUACAGACUUGUCAGAUUUUAUACAUGUCUGUUCGUUUAAAUAAUUAAGACGUGUGCAUUUAUUAGAUCUGAAUACAAAUGAUUUUAGGAAAGCAAGAAAGGAAAUGGCUUUCUCUGUUUUAAGUAAAUAAUAACAAACUUUGAUUUAAGGCCAACCCCGAAGUCAUAUUAAACAAAUAGUCGCAAAGAUUUCGCUGUGAAUAUUGUUGAAACAUUGUUUAUCUAUGUAUAACAUGAAAAAUAGAUUAAAGAGAAACGUCACAGCUUGUGGUCACUGUUCUGUUUUGGAUGUCACAAACCCUGGGGUUACAAAUACACAUACCUUAUUUAUUAGCAGUGAUAUAUAACCCAGCCAGUUGUUGCGAAUGACCUCACCGUAUUGUGCCGCGUUGAAGUGCACAGUAUAAUGUACUUGACAUCACCCGGUGUGUUGUGAUUAGGUUUAGCAGGUCAAUUCGAGCACACCGGACUGUCCAGAUAACCACCCACGUGAUCGCCGUUUAUUUACAUGUAGAUUCAAGUAAUAACUACGAAUUUGUAUAUAUAUUAAUUAGUAUUAAUCAUAAAAUGCUCUUGCCCCAUUCCGGGAGGGACACCACAUGGCACAUCCGAAUACCAGUAUAGCCAAUGUGAAAUUUACAGAUGUUACGUCAUGAGGGAAAUAAAUAUAAUUGUAAUUGAGCACACGCUAAUUUACAUGUCAAUAUUUGUUACGUUAUGUUGUAUUAUGUUUUACUAUGUUGUAUUAUGUUAAUGUAUGUUAUGUUAUGUUAUGUUAAAUUAUAAUUGAACCACCUGACGAAAGUUUAUGAUCAUGCUCCAUCCAGAAUAAUGAAACAAAGCUUUUGAAUAACUUUAUGUAUAUUUCUUAUAUGUGGUGUUGAAUAUAUGAAUUAAAAUAUGAAUUGGGACUUAUUA